AUGAAAAUCCAUUAUAUUAAUAUAUUAUUGUUUGCGCUUCCAUUAAAUAUAUUGGUAAAUAAUCAAAGGAAUCAUAACAACAGCACAUAUCAUACAUCAAAUACAAAAACAAUAAAAUCACAUAGAUCAUUAUGCGAAUGUGAAUUGUACGCACAAUCUAAUUAUGAAAACGACCAAGAAAUGAAAGAUGUGAUAAAAGAAUUUAAUGAUCGUACCGCACAACGUUUUGAAGAAUACAAUGAACGUAUGCAAGUUAAAAAAGACCAAUGUAAAGAACAAUGUGACAAAGAAAUUCAACAAAUUAUUUUAAAAGACAAAAUCGAAAAGGAAUUAACAGAAAGGUUUUCAGCAUUGGAAACAAAGAUAGACACCAAUGACAUACUCACAUGUAUUUGCGAAAAAUCAGUAACAGAUAAAUUUGAAAAAACUUGUUUAAAAUGUUCAGGGAUAUUCGCUACGGCGGUACCUGAAUUGGGAUUAAUAGGUGGAACUGUAGUAUAUGCUGCAGCAGUAAAGGCUGCUACGAAAGCUGGUAUGGAAGCGGCUCUUGUGGGUUUAGAGAGUGUUAAUGGUCUUCGUGGAUUACUUGGGGAAAAAAUUAAAGAUUUGGUUACUACAACAAAUUUCCAAUGUCCAAAUGCUUUAAUGGGUUUAGUUCAAAAUGUGAAAGAUACACAAUGUGUAGGGGCUGCUGCUCAAUCUCAAGUUUUUUGUAAAGGCCUACUACCUGAAAGCACUUCUAGAAUAAUACAAAAAGCGGCAGCCGCUGGAAGGGAAGGAGCCGAAGCUUAUAAUACAACGUUUUCUGAUUCUACAACAAUAACAGCAUUCUUAACUGAUCCUAUUGUAAUUUCAGCUAUAGUAGUCAUUUCUAUAGUUGUUAUACUUUUAAUUAUUUAUUUGAUAUUACGUUAUCGAAGGAAAAUCAAAAUGAACAAAAAAUUACAAUACAUAAAACUAUUAAAAGAAUAG